CACUGGAUAAACUGCUUCUUCAUACGAUCGAAAUUUACUAUUCUGGGAAAACAAUGUCAAGAAGAAGUGGCCGUUUACAAGCAAGACAUGUAAAACCUGACACUGAAAAUGUUUUUCGAUCGGUUCAAUCAAGGAAACGUAAAGCUGAGGAAUGUAAGAAGCCAAAUGGAUGUCACCAGGAGACAAAGAAGCAAAAGUAUGAAAUUCAGGGUUGUUGGUCUCAGAUAUCGCCAGGAGCUGUGACUCCUUGUAUUCUUAUAGAAACACCACAAAAAGAAAUCUCAGAGACAUCGGAUCCUUCAAAGUUCACACGAUACAGGUUCAAGAAUUUAUUCAUUUCCCCAUCACCACUGCCAGACCUAAGUUGGGGGAGUUCUAAUGAUGUAUGGACCAAAAUGGUGGGCAAAGAAAAAAAAUACAUACAUUCCAGCCGCUUACUGCAAAAUCACCCCACACUGAACCCAGACAUGCGCUCAAUACUUCUGGACUGGCUUGUUGAGGUUUCAGAAGUCUAUUGCCUUCAUAGGGAAACCUUCUACCUCGCUCAAGAUUUCUUUGAUCGCUUUAUGUUUACACAAAGUUCUGUAAACAAAAGCAUGCUUCAGCUCAUAGGAGUUUCCGCCCUUUUUAUUGCUUCCAAAAUAGAGGAAAUUUAUCCACCUAAACUACAUGAAUUUGCUUACGUCACUGAUGGUGCUUGCACAGAGGAUGAUAUUAUAAAAAUGGAGCUCAUCAUACUUAAGGCCUUAAAAUGGGAGCUGUCCCCUGUAACGCCUAUUGCAUGGCUGAAUCUUUAUCUGCAGGUUUCUUCCCUAAAAGAAUCUCCCAAGUUUCUGCUACCUCAGUACUCUCAAGAACAGUUCAUCCAAAUAGCCAGGAUACUGGAUUUAUGUAUUCUAAAUCUAACAUCAUUGGAGUUCCAGUACAGAAUUUUGGCAGCAGCUGCAUUAUACCACUAUACUUCAAUGGAAGUAGUUAGUAAAGCUACAGGUCUAGACUGGAUCAGCAUUUCUGAUUGUGUUAACUGGAUGACUCCAUUUCUACGAGUAAUACAGAGAGAAACCGCAGUAAAACUGAAAGAGUUUAAAAAGGUGCAAAAAGAAGAUUGGCAUAAUAUCCAAACGCAUUCAAACUACCUUGAUAUGCUGGAUGAUGUAAAUACAAGAUGUGACUCGGUUUUGGUUGAGUCUCAAUCUCCUGUGUCAAUUGGAGGAAUCCUGACGCCUCCCAAGAGUACAGAGAAAGCGUCUUUGUGAUAGUUCGGCAUAGAAUGGACUUUUCCCCACCUCACUGAUACAUGGAGCUUUAGUGAAGUCUCUUGGAAAUGGAUUCCCCCCUGAAAUAAGCUAAGAAAUUUCAUGAAAGCCCCCUUUGCAUUCUAGCACCAAGUGACUAGCUUGCCUGUGAACUUAUUUAUUAACUUUGCUGCAGAAACGUAUGAUUUAUUGCACAAAUCUUUUAAUUGAAUUUUUUUUUAUUAAUGGAUUAGCUUUGCCCAAAGCUGCUUUUUUAUUUUUUAAAAAAAAAACACUGCUUUGAGCAGCAAUAAUAUGCAGUAUUACUUAAUUGUUAAAACUGCAAGCUUUGCAGAUUUUGCAAUUUAAAAAAUAUAUAUACACACACAAAAUAUGGCACCAUCUGCUUACCAUUGGUCGACUUUAGAUACAGGGUUGUGGAGAACAUGGAAAUAGAUGAGGAUGAAUCUUUUGGAAUUAUACUUCUCUCUAAAACUACCACUCUUGUUUGGUUUGAAAAUUGUGUGGGACUCCAAUGUUCACAGACCAGAAAUGCCAACAUGGUGACAGGACUGCACUGUUUUUGAAAAAAUCCUUUUUUUUUUUUAUUACUGGAUUUUAGUUUGACAGUGGAAGUUUCUAUCGAAGUUGUCCUAGGUAAAUGACCGCUUUAUGGAUAUUUAAUUCAGUAAAACUGGAAUUGUAAAAAAAAAAAGGUGGUAGUGGGAAAACAUAAAAAAAAAUUGUAUUUAUUAUAUUUGUUGUAAUGGUUGGUUGAAAUAUUUAAUUGUUCUCCCCUCACCAGACUUCUGCAUAUUUUUAGUGUAAUCUAUCUGAAGGCCUGGCCAUCUUACUUUUAACUUGUUUAGGUUUCUGGUGAAAUAACAAAUUUAGUAUUUAUGGAACCUCUAUCACGACAGCUUUAAGGAGCAAAGUAGCGGUUUAGGUGCUGACAGUGAAUUUGUAGGAAGAUUGCUUCCUAUUUUAGAAUUGUAUGUGUUUACAAUUGUUGCUACAUUAGAUUGGUGUAAAGGUGCACCGAACUUCCAUGUGUAAAGUCAUUUUGUAAUUAGAAGUCCUAGAUAAAAUUGUAUAUAUAUUUUUCUUUAGUUAGUUUUGUACAUUUUGUAAAUGAGUUAUGUAAAAUGUAAAUUUCUCAGGUUUUGAGUGGUAUAUUUGUAUAAACUUGUAAAUAUGUAUUAUAAAAUAAACUUCUUGUUCAUUUUA